CGGGGAACAACAGGGAUCCUCCGAGGCAACAAUACCGAACGUCGUCUGUGUCUAGGGGUGCCUCUGCUCGCCCCCCGUGAAUGCAAUCUCCUUCUCCCCUGUCCACCAGUUCGACUGCAGCCUGCUGUCAAGGCGAAUGCAGGGAGACUGAUUGUGGCAUCGAAGAUGUUGGUGAUGCACGCGACGGGAGGGAGGUGUGGGCAGAACAGCGACGGACGCUUCAUCCACAGCGGGAGGAAUCCAUAACUCGGGGGGUGCAGCGACUGCGUGUGGGGGACCACGAAAACGACGGCGACGCACCUGCGGCGCGCGCGGACGAUCAGGAGUGGAACGACGACGACGGCGAAGGUGGGGAGGAGGACGCAGGCCACGUAUCGCCGUGCAAGCAAAGCAGCAUGGGAGGGAGGGGCGGGAAGAUGAGGGAUUGUGCUCGCAAUGGUCCUCGGGGGAAAAAAGCGGUGGGGAAGGGGAGCGAUGCCGAAGCUGAUGCUGAUGCAGAAGGUCGUCAGUUCUCGUCCGUGGACGACAUGAUGGCCCUCAUCCGGGCUAAACGUGACCAGGUCGUGCAUCUGCAGGGGAUGGGUACCGCCUUCGCUUGUAUGAAGCUGCGAGAAUGGAAGUGGUUGGAUGUGGAGAGGUUGAAGAAGGUGGGCGUCGACAGAGAAGCAGAACGGUGCGGGAGGAAGUGGGACAAUUUGAUGCAGCAGUUCAAGAAGGUGCAUCACUUCCAAGGCUUGUCCGGGAAACAGGACUUCUUCCAAUUCUCUGGGAAAGAAAGGUUGUCGAAGGGCUUCAAUUUCAACAUGGAUCGUGCGGUUUACGACGAGAUCCUGGGGUCGACCGCCAAGAGCCACACCAUAAACCCGAAGAACGUCGCCGACACUGGUGCUCCGGGUGGUGUGUGUCUUCGGUCCGCCACUUCUGCGGAUCAUGAAUCUGUGGGCGAUGGGGACGCUGCUGCAGGGCACGACGAUGACGACUACGGGUCGACGAGAGGUUCUUCUCAGACGACGAGAAGCCCUGCUGGUUUCGGCAAGAGGAAGAGCAUGAGGCAGCAAACUUUCGAAGAGCUGACGGAAUGCAUGGAGAAGCACGGGGCUCUGGUGGCGUCGACGAUGGAGAGCAACAACAAGCGUCAGUGCUCCAUCCAAAUCCGACGAGGCGUUGGAAGCGGGGGUCGAAGUGCAAAAAACACACUACGCAGCGUCUGACGAAGUUAGCAAACUGAUGUGUCACGCUCUGCUGGAGAUAGCAAAGGCCAUCUGCGAGCGUUAGAGUUCGUGCCGCCUCUGUUGUGCGCCUCGUCACUUCCAUCGUCCUCACGACGCGAAACUGAGAGCGAUGCCGUUGUCGUCAGAGAGCCACAACCACCUUCUGCCCCUUGGCCAGGAACGCUCAAAAUUGCUAGCCAUAUGCAACGAAACCUUGGCCCGCUGAUUCCCGACCCGGGACAGCCCAUUGCUUUCGCGCAACUCUACAUCUAUGAUCCGCAGGAUGACCGCGGUGUCACUCUCCUUCGACUCAACCACCUUGAUCUGCCACAUGAUAUGUCGCUGACCACUAUUCUGGAAAUCAAACAUCUACUCCGAA